UUCGGAUGAUCGAAAAAACAUUGUUCAGAAGAAGAUAAGAACAAAAGUAAAACAAUGUCACAGAACCAACAAUGGCGAACCCAGAGAACAGUAGCAGAGGCUCGAGAUGGUCCCUCAAGGGAACCACUGCUCUAGUUACUGGAGGAACACGUGGAAUCGGGCACGCUGUGGUGGAGGAACUGGCGGAGUUUGGUGCCACUGUGUACACUUGUUCUAGGAAUGAAGAGGAUCUGAAUCGGUGCUUAAAGGAGUGGAAAGAGAAGGGUUUUUCGGUUUCUGGAUCGGUUUGUGAUGUGAGUUCUCCACCCCAAAGAGAGAAGCUUAUUCAACAAGUGGCUUCUGCCUUCAACGGCAAGCUCAACAUACUUGUAAACAAUGUUGGAACAAAUGUGAGGAAGCCAACAAUUGAGUAUACUGCUGAAGAUUAUUCAAAAAUCAUGACUGCUAACUUGGAAUCUGUAUACAAUCUAUGCCAACUUGCAUAUUCUCUUCUUAAAGCAUCUGGAAAUGGAAGCAUUGUGUUCAUUUCCUCUGUUGCAGGUCUGACAAGCAUAGGUUCCGGAAUCAUUUAUUCAGCGAGUAAAGCUGCAAUGAAUCAGCUUACCAUUAAUCUUGCUUGUGAAUGGGCAAAAGACAAUAUAAGGAGCAACUGUGUUGCACCCUGGUAUACAAAAACAUCACUUGUGGAACAUGUAAUGCUCUCUCACCCUGUUUUACUUUCUUUUGUCAAUGAGAUACUAUCUCGAACACCGACUAAGCGGAUAGCAGAAGCACAUGAAGUGUCAUCUUUGGUGACUUUCCUUUGCCUUCCGGCUGCUUCCUACAUUACUGGACAGGUUAUUGCUGUUGAUGGAGGAUUUACUGUCAAUGGAUUUCAACCCACCAUGAGAAUUACUUAAACCAAAAUUGUCUUCUUUUUUUAUUUAUUUUCUGGAUUAUGUGUUUGGUUCCAUGUUCUGGCCACCCAAUUUUCAGUUUGUCAUGUACCAUUUUGUUUGUGGACCGGUGUUGUUAAUCGUAUUCAUCAACUUAAUUUUAAA